AGGAUACAAUUGAGAUUAUCCUGCUGUCUAGCACGCGCUCGGUAAUGUGGUCAAUUUGGCAGCAGAUGGGGACAAUUAUUAUUGUAAUUGAUUAGUCUUUAUUGUGUAAAAUGUGCAUAAUUGGUUAUGGAGGUACAUAUUUUUCUGCAGACAAUAUCUGAAAUGCAGACUAAAAUAUUGCGAAAUACAGGCAGACACGCACGCACCCUAUCAUAUUAUUGGGCUAUUAGUAAUGACUAAUAUAAUUAAUUGUGAUGACUAAUGUAACGCAUUCUUAUUACUUCGUUGCAAACAUCUGUUUUGUUGGGGCUCGUUUCCAUGGACGUGGUUCAUACUAAUUCGAAACCAAUAAUACUGAAACUGAGUGUGUAUACAUUUCUUAAUUAUAGCAUUUUACUCUAUGCGUUACCAACACAAUUACAUCAAAUAGUUGGGUACGUUUGGUUAAAUACCCCUGGAUGAUAAAAAAAAAAGUUUGUAUAAAUGCACAUCAUCCCCCCCUGCUUUCACCCCCAGUGGUAGCGGCAGGAGGGUGAGUAAAUCAGUUACAGCCUCCGCGGACAAUCGACUCGAGGGAGGGAACAUGUUGACAUAAGGAAGGACUAGGGCUGUUUGUUAGGAGCGGCACAACCAUGGACAAGACUGCCGUAGUAAAAGUCGGUGCCGCGGCCAGUGCCAGUGUAUGUGCCCUGUUCGGUGGUGUGGUUCUCGCCCAGUACAUGUUCGCCAAGAAGAAGAGAACGGGAAAGAAAACGAAGAUCAUCGAGAUGAUGCCAGAGUUUGAGAAGAACACGGUCCACAUGAGGGAUCCAGAGCGGGUGGAACGGAUCAUCUGUGACAUGAUCAAGGGUGGCGCCUCCAAACUACAGGUCAUCACUGACUUUGACAUGACGUUAAGCCGGUUCGCAGUCAACGGCAAACGCUGCCCUACGUGUCAUAAUAUCAUUGACAACUGCAAGCUUGUCACCGAAGAUUGUAGGACGAAGUUACUGGAGCUUAAGAACACAUAUUACCCCAUAGAGAUCGACCCCCAUCUAACGAUGGAGGAGAAGUAUCCAUUUAUGGUAGAAUGGUACUUUAAGUCUCACACAUUACUGGUGGAGCAGAGGCUACAGAAGGACAAACUCUCGGAGGUGGUGAGAGACUCAGACGCCUGCCUGAGGGAGGGUUAUGAGCCGUUCUUUGACCGUCUCCAGCAGCACAACGUGCCCGUGUUCAUCUUCUCAGCGGGUCUGGGAGACGUCCUGGAGGAGAUCAUCCACCAGGCGGGGGUCUACCACCCCAACGUCAAGGUGGUGUCCAACUUCAUGGACUUCGAUGAGAAUGGCGAGCUGAAGGGCUUCAAGGGAGAGCUGAUCCAUGUGUUCAACAAGCAUGACGGCGCCCUGCGCAACACGGAGUACUUCAAACAGGUGAAGGACAACUGUAACAUCGUGUUGCUGGGAGACUCGUUAGGUGACCUCAACAUGGCUGACGGCGUGCCCAACGUGGAGAACAUCCUCAAGAUCGGCUUCCUCAAUGACAAGGUGGAGGAACGUUUGGAGAAAUACCUGGACUCUUAUGACAUCGUCUUGGUAAAGGACGAGACUCUAGAAGUGCCCAAUUCUAUCCUUCAGAAGAUCCUAUAACUCAUCCCCUCUCCACAUCAUACUGACACACUUCCCCCAAACCCAUGGAAAAUGAACCGACCUCUGAACCCCCAGACGGACGUUACUGGCCCCCGCCACUGACUCACAGCCCCUCGACAUACACUAGCUCCAUGGGCACCCCUCCUUGGAUCCCACCUCUGCCACCAACCAUAGGGUCACAGUUGGGUACUGGAUGUUCCCUUCCCCUCUUUAUGAAGACAUUUAUUCUCCUCUCAAUGAACUAUUUUAAAUGACACAGCCUCAGUCUUUGUCUGUCUGCAACCUUGUCGAUGUCCUCCACCCCAUAACUAAAAAGUAAUAGCAACCCCCCAAAAAAUGCUAACUAAAUCUUUUUAUAAUUUGCGUGUAAUUGUUCAUAUUUGUUCAAAAGUAAUAGCAACCCCCAAAAAAUGCUAACUAAAUAUUUUAUAAUUUGCGUGUAAUUGUUCAUAUUUUUGAUAUUGUAAUGCAUGUAUCAGCUUGCAAGUCAUAAACCGAGCAUCCACACAAGAACACAGCGACGUCUUUGGAACAGUCCUAGCAUGCAUUUCACCACACUACGUCACCUUGCAUUGUGCAACAGCUUGGCUACAGGAAUCAAUGUAGGUCUUAAAAAAUAACGUGAACCUGUCUAUGGGUGAACUAUACUCAGACAUUGGUAUGAAUGUUAUCAGUGUUUUUAUGGAUGUAGUAAUGGAUUGUGUCUUGCACAAGAAAAGCCAUGUCUGCAUCGCUAUCAGUUUUUUUCACAUGGUGACUUUGCUACUGUAGCCACACUAGAAAGUAGCACUUUAUUUUACAAGAGUACUAACACUGCACAUUUUUAUGUGCCAUUUAAAUAUACUGCAUGGGUUAUAAGAUGCCUUCUGGUGCUUAUAUCAAGAAAUGUUGUUCUGCCCCUGAACAAGGCAGUUAACCCACUGUUCCUAGGCCGUCAUUGUAAAUAAGAAUUUGUUCUUAACUGUCUUGCCUUGUUAAAUAAAGGUAAAAAAUACAAAUUUAAUCAAGAAAUUAAACAAUUGUCAAUGACGGUUGCGAUAAUAGUAGUAACUAGUGGUGCUAAAGAUUUUCAUAAGUUAGUUAUGGGGUAUUACUGUUAAUGUAACUGACUUUAUGAAUGAUAUAGUGUCAAAUAAAGUGCUACCAAAGAAGUCAUUACACAGAGGAAAAGUAGCCUACUCAAUAGGCAGUAUAUUACAAGAGAACACCACUGGGUAAAGCACCUUGGUCUGUGGCUCAGCGACAUUCAAUAAGAUUCAUAUGUUGUUUAACUUGGCCUUUUAUCCACACCCAUUGACCAUUUUUAUUUUGUGGUUCAAAUUUGAACUCUACCUCAAGCUUGGAAAUGCUUAUUCCCCCCUUAUAAGUUUCUCCGUUUUGUCUUGCACAUGUUUGACGUUUUAUAUUUAAAAUGUUAGCGUUUUAAACGUGCUGCUACACCUGCAUGUUGCCUUUUUCUUAACUUCAGAUUUGUCUAAUGAACAGCCGGGGAAAUAACUUGUGAAUAAAACUUGUCAAAUAACA